AACUUCAACGGAAGAGAACAGGCCCGGAGUAUUUAAUACAAUUUUUUUUUUUUAAUUUUUUUAAGGGGCUAAAUUUAGUGAAAUAAGGUGCAUAACACAGGAUCUAAAAUAGUUUGUCCUCCGCAUUACGGAGUACGUUCUCAUUAUGAAAACGCUCCGUAUUAUCUAUUAUCCGAAUCGGUAUAGAAUUCCUAAAUCCUAAUGAAGUGGAAACUUAAUAAGUUAACAAAACCAGGUGAAACUACAAACCGCCAAACUCAAAACCCCGAUCUCACAUAUAAAACGUUUUUAUUCAAUCAUAAUUCAUUAACAAGGGUUUUAUUUCUUAUUUUGAAACCCCAAAAAAAAUUCGUAAAACCUUCGAACUUCGAUUUUCUGCAACAAUGGCGCCUCAGAAAGAAAUCAAUGGCGGCGAUUUGGAAAAAAUGACUUAUAUGUCACUUAUAUCAAAGGUAUGUUCUGAACUCGAAACUCAUGCUGGUGUUGGCGACAAAAUUCUCGCCGAGUUUAUCAUCGAAUUAGGUCAUAAUUGUGAGACAGUCGAUGAAUUUGAUAGUGAAUUGAAGAAAAAUGGUGCUGAAAUGCCUGACUAUUUUGUUAAAACUUUGUUAACGAUUAUUCAUGCUAUUUUACCACCUAAACCUAAGAAUAAGGGUUUUGAUGGGAAGGGUGAUUCCAGUUUUUCUGGGUUGUCGAUUGCUGAUGGUAAAGCUAGGGUUAAGGAAUUGGAGAGGGAGAUUGAGGCCGAGGCGGAGGAGCGGCGGAGGAAGGAGGGUGAUGAUAAAGAUGGGGGUGAGAUGAGCCGGGAUCGGCGCGAUAGGGAUAGAGAUAGGGAUAGGGAUGGUGGUAGAGGUAGAGGUAGGGAUAGGGAUACGGAUAGGGAUCGGGGUAGUCAUAGGGAUAAAGAAAGGGGUAGAGAGCGUGGUAGGGAUAAAGAAAGGGAUUGGGAUAGGGAUAAGAUAGGAAGACAUGAUAGGCAGGAGAGGUAUAGGGAAGGUGAUGAUGAGCGGUACGAUGAUCGACAUGGGAAGGAAGGGUGUGUGGUGGAGGAACGGCGUAGGAGGGAUAGGUAUGAGAAUGGGAGUGGUGAUGAGGAAGGGGGUGAUAGGAGGGAAGGUGGUAGCAGUCGGAGGAAUCAGAGGCCGGAGUCUGAUGAACUUGAGUUGUUGACUCGGGUUUAUAAGGGAAAGGUUUCCAAAGUAAUGUCAAUGGGGUGUUUUGUUCAGUUACAUGAUUUUAAGGGUAAGGAGGGGUUGGUUCAUGUUUCUGAGAUAGCAAAUAGGCGGAUUGCUGAUCCUAAAGAUGUUGUGAAGAGGGGUCAAGAGGUUUAUGUGAAGGUGAUUUCAGUUUCGGGGCAGAAGUUGAGUUUUUCAAUGAAGGAUGUGGAUCAAGAUACUGGGAAAGAUUUGCUCCCUCUAAAGAAGAAGAGUUCACAAGAUGAUGCAUUAAGGGCGAAUCCUAGUAGUGGAAUUGGGUCAAACAAGAGGAUAGGUCUUUCUGGGAUUCCGUUAGGUGAAGAGAAUGUGUCUGGUUCUUCACGUCGCCCUCUGAAGCGUAUGAGUUCUCCAGAAAAGUGGGAAACACAGCAGCUGAUUGCGUCAGGGGUUCUGAGUGUGAGGGAGUUUCCCAGUUUCGAUGAUGAAGGUGAUGGGAUGCUUUAUCAGGAAGAAACAGCUGAAGAAGAACUUGAGAUAGAAUUGAACGAAGAUGAACCUGCUUUUUUGCAGGGCCAAACACGAUACUCUGCUGAGAUGUCACCUGUUAAAAUCUUUAAGAAUCCAGAGGGCUCCAUGAGCCGUGCUGCUGCUCUGCAGUCCGCUCUUACGAAAGAAAGAAGAGAGGUGCGGGAGCAACAACAGAGGACAAUGCUUGAUUCAAUUCCAAAGGAUCUUAAUCGUCCUUGGGAAGAUCCAAUGCCAGAAACUGGGGAGAGACAUCUUGCACAGGAGUUGAGAGGUGUUGGCUUAUCAGCAUAUGAUAUGCCAGAAUGGAAGAAGGAAGCUUAUGGUAAGGCUUUGGCAUUUGGCCAGAAGUCCAAGCUGUCUAUCCAGGAGCAAAGGAAUAGCUUGCCCAUCUACAAAUUAAAGAAAGAGUUGAUCCAAGCUGUGCAUGAUAACCAGGUUUUGGUUGUGAUUGGUGAAACAGGAUCUGGGAAAACUACCCAGGUAACUCAGUAUCUUGCAGAGGCAGGUUACACCACUAGAGGUAAAAUUGGGUGUACACAGCCCCGUAGAGUGGCAGCCAUGUCAGUAGCCAAGAGGGUUGCUGAGGAAUUUGGUUGUCGAUUAGGGGAGGAAGUUGGAUAUGCUAUCCGAUUUGAGGAUUGUACUGGUCCAGAUACUGUGAUUAAGUAUAUGACAGAUGGUAUGCUUCUUAGGGAGAUUUUGAUUGAUGAAAAUCUAAGUCAGUAUUCAGUUGUUAUGCUUGAUGAAGCUCACGAGAGAACAAUACAUACAGAUGUCCUUUUUGGGUUGCUCAAACAGCUAAUUAAUCGGAGGCCUGAUCUUCGUUUGAUUGUCACCUCUGCAACACUGGAUGCAGAGAAAUUUUCAGGCUACUUUUUUAAUUGUAAUAUCUUCACUAUCCCUGGCAGAACUUUUCCUGUGGAGAUAUUGUAUACCAAGCAACCUGAGACUGAUUACCUAGAUGCUGCUUUAAUCACAGUGCUACAGAUUCACUUGACAGAGCCUGAAGGUGACGUUCUCCUCUUCCUUACUGGGCAGGAGGAAAUUGAUUUUGCGUGCCAGUGUCUUUACGAUAGAAUGAAAGUUCUUGGCAGAAAUGUUCCUGAACUGAUAAUUCUUCCAGUUUAUAGUGCCCUUCCUAGUGAAAUGCAAUCUAGGAUCUUUGAUCCUGCCCCUCCUGGGAAGAGAAAAGUAGUUGUGGCUACAAAUAUUGCUGAAGCUUCUUUGACUAUUGAUGGGAUAUUUUAUGUGGUUGACCCGGGAUUUGCAAAGCAAAAUGUAUAUAAUCCGAAGCAGGGGCUUGAUUCUCUUAUUAUAACCCCAAUUUCACAAGCAUCAGCCAAGCAAAGAGCAGGUCGUGCUGGGCGUACGGGGCCUGGGAAAUGCUAUCGUCUUUAUACAGAGAGUGCAUAUCGGAAUGAAAUGUCUCCCACCUCAAUUCCCGAGAUUCAGAGAAUCAAUCUUGGAAUGACUACGUUGACUAUGAAAGCAAUGGGAAUUAAUGAUUUGCUGUCUUUUGAUUUUAUGGAUCCUCCUUCUCCUCAAGCACUUAUUUCUGCUAUGGAGCAAUUGUAUAGUCUGGGAGCUUUGGAUGAGGAAGGCCUUCUGACCAAAUUGGGUCGGAAGAUGGCAGAGUUCCCCAUGGAACCCCCAUUGUCGAAGAUGCUUUUGGCCAGUGUGGACCUUGGCUGUAGUGAUGAGAUUUUGACCAUAAUUGCAAUGAUUACGACAGGCAAUGUGUUCUACAGACCUAGGGAGAAACAAGCACAAGCAGAUCAAAAGAGGGCCAAAUUUUUCCAGCCUGAGGGUGAUCAUCUAACACUGCUUGCUGUCUAUGAGGCCUGGAAAGCGAAAAAUUUUUCUGGACCAUGGUGCUUUGAAAAUUUUAUCCAGUCCCGAUCUUUGCGUAGGGCACAAGAUGUCAGGAAACAACUUCUCAGUAUUAUGGACAAGUAUAAAUUGGAUGUUGUGAGCGCUGGGAAGGACUUUACCAAAAUAAGGAAAGCAAUCGCUGCUGGAUUUUUCUUUCAUGCAGCCAGGAAAGAUCCACAGGAGGGUUACAGAACACUGGUCGAAAAUCAGCCUGUUUACAUCCAUCCUAGCAGUGCGUUAUUUCAGAGACAACCAGAUUGGGUGAUCUACCAUGAACUAGUUAUGACCACAAAAGAAUAUAUGAGGGAAGUGACUGUUGUGGAUCCAAAGUGGCUUGUUGAGUUGGCUCCUAGAUUUUUCAAAGUUGCAGAUCCCACAAAAAUGAGCAAGCGGAAGCGUCAAGAACGCAUUGAGCCACUUUAUGAUAGAUAUCACGAGCCUAAUUCUUGGCGUUUGAGCAAAAGGCGUGCUUAAUUUUCUCUUCGAUUUUCAUAACAGGUCUCCUCAAUGCGCCCUUUGAAUGUUUGUUUUUGAGUUUACUCAUGUAAUGCCAAUAUCUGCUUCACUUUUCUUUCUAUAGAAGAUACAUCUCUCUGUAAAAUUUUGGAGUUUCCAUCUCUUUUAUUGAAAUCAGAAGUUUUUGUCACUUGAUAUUGUUCUGUACUGUGUUCUACUUGGAAAAUUUUAAACUAUACAGCUUUAUGUAAAUUAUAUAAUUUGCCAAUGCAGAAUCUUAUGUUUGAAUUUGAGAGAUAUGUGUUUUUACCCUGUA